GGUUCCUCCCCGCCGGCGGGGGCGCUGCGGGCGGACGAUGCUGAGCCGGCUGCAGGAGCUGCGCAGGGAGGAGGAGACGCUGCUGCGGGUCAAGGCGGCGCUGCACGAUCAGCUCCGCCGGCUGCGGGUGGAGGAGCUGGCGCUGCAGUCCAUGAUCAGGUCCAGCGAGGAGAACGUCCCUGUCCCCCUGUCAGCCUUGGCCGAGGACACUCAGCAGACUCUUGGGCAGAUGGACAAUGAGGCUGCCAUCAAUCAAACCGAGUUACACCUCAGUCUUCAGGAUGAUAAAGAGGAAGAGGAGGAGGAAUCUGAUUCUUGAGAGAAAAAAAAUCAGAGAUGGUUUUUAAUACAGACUCAGGAAUUUCUUCUUCAUUCAUUUAAAACCCACCGAUUUCCAUUUUGUGCUGUGUGUGGAUAUGAACUAUUUGAUAUAUCAGAGUCGAGGGCAGUGACACUCAACACAUGAAUGUCACAGGCUGGGCACAUCUUGACUCAGAUGUUGAAAGGAUGAAAAUCUGCUGCACAAAUAUGUAGCAUAAUCCAUUCCACAUUUCAAACCUAAUGUAGCUCUUACAAUGUCUUUGUAUGUGGAAGGAAGAAGUAAUUGAUCAACCAGACUAAUUUAACACAUGCACUAAAAGCAAUAACUUGUCUGUUCUCACUUCCUGAUGUGAGAAACAAAUCCAGGUCCUGGAGGGUGGUGCUGAACCAGUGAUUGCAUUAUAACCUCAUUUGCCUAAACUGGGAAUUGAAGAUACAGGGUGAGAAAAGAUGUGUCCAGGGCUGUCUCCAGCCUUCAGCUGCUGUGUUGUCAGUUACCUGGAAAGCUGGAGUUACUCCCAGAGUCCUCUCAGUGUCAGCCCAAUUCUGAGCACAGCAGGGAGGUCUCUCUGUACCCCUGGUGCUCUUCAGUUCUGUCAGUCUGUCCCAGAGAAGGACUUUCUACUUCAGCUCUUUCAGAGUAGCAGCCAAGGAGCCUUUUAUUUGUCCACAAAUUGUAGAGCAAGAAAUGAUCCGUGGUGCUUGUAAUAAGGAGCUAAUACCCUUAAAUUGGUGUUAUUUUCCUUUUCUCUCAUUGUAACCUCAUAAAUCAAGGCAAGGCCACCUGCUUUCAUGUGAUCUUCAAGGAGGAGCAUGAGGAAUUUAAGAACUUAGUUAUAAAUGGCAAGUGAUGUGAAAUUUCCACAACUUUUGCAUUUGGAAAAGGGUCUGGUAUCCUGGGGCUGGUCAGAAGACACCAUCCAGCCUCCAGUGAGUUCCUGCCACUGUUUAAUGAGUGUUAAUUUGGCUCUUGUUUGGUUUGUACCAAUGGAAACUAGUGGGGUGUAAAUGUGGCUUCAUCCUGUACUAGAGACUAAUGGGGCUUUGAGGAUCCUGGAUGUCUUAAUGAAGGAACUUAGAACAGGAAGGAAGAUUCUGUUUAACAAAGCUUUUCCAAGCCUGACAGGUAAAACAACUCCAAAAGUCUGAGCCAAAAUGUUACAGUCAAAUAAGCCCUUGCAGUGAUGUGUGUGAAGAGCUGGUUUGGGAGGAGCUCAGGAGCCAUCCUGGCCUUUCUUGGCGUAUUUCAACUCCAAAGGCUAAUUCUGACUGUUGAAAAAUGUUACUUGUGCCCAGCAUGGUCCAGAGUAGUUUCAUGGAUAGAAUUCCUGCUGCUUUUGUGAACAAGUCCCUUGCUUUUGGAACAGCCCAGUUCUAGUGCAUGUUGCAAUAAAGUUCUUUUCCUGCUGUCCUUACACAGAA